GUGUACGUGGAGCAAAACAAUUACUCAUAUGCUGCUCGUUUUCUCUUCUGUCCUUAGUCGUGCAAGAAUUUUUGAGAAAUAGGUACUGACCGGUGGUAUAUUAUUUAACAAACUAUAUGGGAAAGCUGAUGUUAUCUUUAGAAGUCAUGCUUUCUACAUUCGCUUGACAGCCAAUGAUAGCACUCCAGGUAACGUUAGCUAGCUAACUAAUGUCGCUAGCAAGCUAGCUAGGUAACCCGUUAAAAAACACAGGUAAAUUGUCCAACUGCAUAAGCUAGAAAUGUAAAUAACUUUUGAAAUGAAAACUAGCUAGCAAGCAUUAUCAUUGUCUUGCAUUUACGAACCCCGGCAGUGGUUGUGUGUGACAUUUAGCUAGCUAGCUGAUUAACUAAACCGAUGGCUCCUAUGGGAAUCCGUCUAUCGCCACUUGGAGUGGCCGUGUUUUGCUUAUUGGGACUCGGCGUGAUCUACCACCUAUAUGCCGGAGUUAUAUCCAACCGCAUAGCUGCUUUCACGUCGAAGAGGACAGUGAAUCUCCGCGACCUGCUCGCACUGUCAGUGGAGGCUGCAGUCCAGGGCGGUCGGGAGGUGAAGAGGGUCAGAGAAGAGGACAAGUUAGAAGAGAAGACCAAGGGGAAAACGAAGGAAGGGGCGAGUGAAAAGCUCACUCAGGGGGACUUAAACUCUCACAGAAAGAUGUAUUAUCUUAUCAAGAACACUUAUCCAUAUGUACAGGUGAACUCUGAAGAGCAUGAUGAGACCAACAAUGAGCUGGGGGUGUGGAACAGAGACAUCCCUGCUGACAUCCUAAAAAGCGUGGAGGGGGGCAGGGAUGUGCCCGCUGACAGUAUCACCAUCUGGAUAGACCCACUGGACGCCACUCAGGAGUAUACAGAGAACCUGCUCAAGUAUGUCACGACCAUGGUGUGUGUGGCCGUGGACGGGAAACCUGUCAUAGGCGUGAUCCACAAACCUUUCACAGGAUACACAGCUUGGGCCUUGGUUGGUCAUGGGUCUAACAUGAAGCCUCGCACCACCUACAACAUGAACCCCCCCAAGGUCAUCGUGUCCCGGUCGCACGCCGGGAAGGUGAAGGGUUUCAUCGAGGAGGCCUUCGGCAACACUACAGUUAUUCUCCCAGCAGGGGGCGCAGGCUAUAAGGUGCUGGCUCUGCUGGACCCCCUUGAUGAGGACAUUGAGAAGGCUGACGUGUACAUCCACGUCACCUUCAUCAAGAAGUGGGACAUCUGUGCCGGCAACGCCCUGCUCACGGCCCUGGGAGGUCACAUGACUACGCUGAAGGGCGAGGAGAUAGACUACUCGGGGGCCGCGGGCAACAGGGAGGGUCUGCUGGCCAGCAUCAAGGUGGACCACCAAGACCUGGUGGCCAAACUGCCGGCAUGGGACUCCUCUGACAAACACUGAGGAUCUCACACACACACACACACACACACACACACACACACACACACAUAUAUAUAUGCACAGACACAUAUAUAUAUGCACACACACACACAUCACACACAGAUGAUCAGAGACAAAUGGACAAGAUGACCAUAAGCCUUGAAGACCUAACAAGCACAGAUGAGAGGACAACACGAUCUGGGACAAGACAAUAAUGCAAUAUAUUACAAAGCCCGCCAGUCUUUUUCAAACUCCUUUCACCAUUUUUUUAAUGUUUGUUAUGCUAGAUAGGUUAACCGUUUGAGGGGAUAAAUUGUUUAACUAUAGCUUAACACCUUACGUGAUGGGGCGGGGUUUUGGCUGCUGCAAUGCGAAUCGAGUUUGAAUAUUGGAAUGGUAGUUUGAGUGAAUCUUUCCUUUUAAAAAAAAAACAUUCUUUAUUUUUCUAAGUAGUCCGCUUGAUACAGUCCCAACGUGAAAAUCCUACAUCUUGGAAAACUUAACUGCUGACACGCAAGACAUUUUGGGAUUGUACAGUGGACUAAUGGAAAAAAUACCAAAAGAUUGUUUGAGUGGAUUUGUCCUUUAAUGCAUGGUACUUCCUUCAGAUUCACAUUCAUUUGAUUGUUCUGUAUGCAUGUGAAUGUACAGUACUUAUUCUUUCAUGAAUAUCGUCAGAGUUCACUUUGUAUCGCAGCCUCCUUCGCCUCCACCUUUUGGUAAAAGUCUAUACAGUGUGUUAAAUCCAUAUGUGGCUUAUUUAGUCAAUGCAUUUGUAAAUAAGUCUACUAGAAACCAUGCUUUUGUAGGUAUGUUAAGUGGAAAUACUUAUUUGCUAAACAAGCUAAUUUAGCAACAAUAUAUUGGAGAUCUUUGGUAAUGAUUUAGAUUGUCAACAGAACACCCCUACUGUAUAUUGACAUUCAGAAUAUACCAUUCAUACAUGGAUAUCCCUUGGCUAACACUGUGAAUACUAACUGUAUUGUCCAACAGUGCUUUCUCAAAAGGACUAUUUUUGUGCAGUAUGUGCAUAUGUUGUGUGUCUGAACUGGAUGUGAUUGCUAAGCCUGUGCAUAUAGCUGUCAUGUAGCUGUGUCUCUCAAACUCCCCUCUUGUGUUUUAAAUUAAACGGUGGUGUGCAUGACA